GUAUAUAGCGCAUUGCACAGGCAGGCAUAUUGCUUUUAGGGGCUCUACUUGUGCCAACGAAGUAUCGCUCGGACGGAUUUAGUCAUAUUAUUGUAAUAUAAUUGUUAAAUACAACACGAAAAAAUCACAACAAAUACGUAUUAUGGAAAAGAGUGAAAAGUGUUUGAAACAAUGUCAUAAACGGACUAAAGUGUCAAACUCAAAAAUAAUUACCAACACCUCAGUUUUGCGAAUGCCGCGUGUGAGAGAUGGAAAAUCAAUUACAUGUCCAAAAUUAUGUGUUACAUUGGAGGGUCUACGAGACAUAAAAAGCAUUUAUCUUGCUUUCCUAAUUACAAUUUUAGCGUUUGCAAAUUGUAUUAAAUUGGCCCACGCCUCUUAUGCAAAUGUCGAUUUUGAUGGCGUUGCUCCGUUAACAGUGUUAAAACCAUUGAACUUAAUGACAAAUCUGCUGGCAGAAGAAAACAUAAAUAAUUCUAACACAGAAACACAGAUAUUGAAGGAGCUGCAGUUGCCAGAAACACAAACAAGAGAUCGGAAACCGCGACAGGUUACGGGGAAUAGCAGUUUUCGUAUUAUAGGAUUGCGUUUGGAGGAUGAUAGCUCUGAGUCCAAUGAUGGCGUUCCGAGUGUAUUGAGCAAUAAGGAACAGACAAUUCGCAUUUUUGGUGUUGAUUUACAAAAGAACACAGUUAUCGCGUUUACAAGUGAAGAGAACGAUUAUAAAGGAGCCUGUCUGAAACCAAUAACAGAAAUCUUUAAGCCCGACGCUGUUUCCGAUGGCGGACUUACUGCAACAUAUACGGUCAAAUUUCCGUACUCGAAGAGCGCAUUGUAUAUUUGUGCGAAAACUGACGAUAACGGAGUAACUCAUCACAGCGCCGCUGAUACCACACCCCUUGUACAUCAAGGCAAUGACAAAUGGAUGAAAAUCGAAACGCAUGAACCACUUCUGCCUCUCUGGGUAGCUAUUGUUGUCAUCGUAACAUGUUUAUGUUUCUCUGCCUUGUUCUCCGGUCUUAAUUUGGGUCUAAUGGCCAUGGACCGUACUGAAUUAAAAAUAUUACGAAAUACCGGCACGGAAAAAGAAAGAAAGUAUGCCGCGAAAAUUGCACCUGUCAGAGAUCAAGGUAAUUAUCUGUUGUGCAGUAUUCUCUUGGGUAAUGUGUUGGUUAACUCCACCUUUACCAUUCUACUGGAUGGUUUGACUUCUGGACUUUUUGCUGUCAUAUUUUCCACCUUGGCUAUUGUACUUUUUGGUGAAAUAACACCUCAGGCUGUGUGUUCAAGACACGGUUUAGCUAUUGGUGCCAAAACUAUAUUGAUUACCAAAACGGUAAUGGCCAUAACCGCUCCGUUAUCGUACCCAAUAUCUCGUAUCCUAGAUGCACUGUUGGGUGAAGAGAUUGGUAAUGUAUUUAAUCGUGAACGUCUGAAGGAACUUGUGCGUGUUACAAACGACGUAAAUGAUUUGGAUAAAAAUGAAGUGAAUAUAAUAUCGGGCGCGUUGGAGUUACGCAAGAAAACUGUCGCCGAUAUUAUGACUCACAUUAAUGACGCCUACAUGCUCUCAUUGGAGGCCGUGCUGGACUUUGAGACUGUAUCUGAUAUUAUGAACUCUGGUUAUUCUCGUAUUCCAGUAUACGACGGAGAUAGGAAAAACAUUGUGACUUUGCUCUAUAUUAAAGAUUUGGCAUUCGUAGAUACUGAUGAUAACACUCCGUUGAAGACAUUAUGCGAAUUUUAUCAAAAUCCCGUUCAUUUUGUGUUUGAGGAUUACACUUUAGAUAUUAUGUUUAAUCAAUUCAAGGAAGGCACGAUCGGUCACAUCGCAUUCGUUCAUCGUGUUAACAACGAAGGCGACGGCGAUCCGUUUUAUGAAACCGUUGGCCUUGUUACAUUGGAAGAUGUAAUUGAGGAGCUUAUUCAAGCAGAAAUUGUUGAUGAAACCGAUGUGUUUGUUGAUAAUCGUACAAAAACUCGUCGCAGUCGUUAUAAAAAAGCCGAUUUUUCUGCGUUUGCCGAACGUCGCGAGGCGCAAACAGUUCGUAUUUCUCCUCAAUUAACGUUGGCAACAUUCCAAUAUUUAAGUACAGCUGUCGAUGCGUUUAAAAAGGAUGUCAUUUCAGAACCAAUCUUGCGGCGAUUACUUAAUCAAGAUGUUUUCCAUAAUAUUAAAUCAAAGGGAAAACCGAAAGAUGAUCCCAGUUUGUUCAUAUUUACACAGGGGAAAGCUGUUGACUUUUUUGUACUUAUAUUAGAGGGUCGUGUGGAAGUAACGAUUGGCAGAGAAGGACUUCUUUUUGAUAGUGGUCCAUUUACUUAUUUUGGUACGCAAGCAUUGGUGCAGAAUGUUGUUGUUGACUCUCCGACUCAGAUGGGAUCGAUGCAGUCGUUGAAUAUGGAUUCGAAAAUUCGGCAAACUUUCGUUCCUGAUUACUCUGUUCGCGCUGCUACAGAUGUGAUAUAUAUUGCAAUUAAACGUAGCUUGUACCUAACUGCAAAAAAGGCAACUUUAUUAGAAAAGAGUCGAAAAUCGGGCACGUUCUCAAGUGAGACAAUCGAUGACGAAGUUGAACGGUUGCUCCAUUCAGCAACUGAAGAUGAAAAGCCUCGAUUUCUGUCAACGAGACGCUUAUCCAAGCCUAAUCGAAGUGUAACAUCGUCACCAACUAACAAUACUAUAUCUCACGAUGAUCGAAGUAAUAGUGCUAGUGGUCACAUCCAUGCUGGACAUAAAAUUGGUCCUGAAAGAACAGAAGAUGGUUCAUUCAGUAGUUUAGUUACCUCGGAUGUUGCAGGUGAUCUUCACAAUGGAGAAAACGAUGACAAAGAUGGAACAACGGCGUUAGCACCGCUCUUGCCAAAACCGGAGGAUAUCAACGAAUCCAGGCAAAACAAGCCACAAUAACCAGACUAUUCUUUACUGGGAAUCUAGUUGCGCAUAUUAAAUUUCCCAUUCAAACACAUUUGCUCUAGCGUAUAACCGACUUACGAUUGUUUUUCCUUAAAUAUUUUUCCUUAAUUAUUGUUUUAUUUUCACUAUAACUUGCAACUUGAAUAGAAUAUUGUUUCUAUAAUUUUGUAAACUCUAUUAGAGAUAUAUACUUUUGGAUACAGCAAAUUAAUGUAACAAUCAAUAAUAUUUUUGUUAUAUCGCAUUUUUUUUAAAUAACUAUGAA